UCCGAUGGUUAUCAGUCUAUACCGCGUUCAGGCGAUGCGUUUGCGCGUAAACAACGGUUAUGUGUAGCCGUAGCGCGUUUGAACACGAUAUUAUUAUCAUAAUAUCGACGUAAAAAUACAUAUUUUUCCAUCCGCGUACGUGUAAACAGCGGAUUGCUAUCAUGUUAUCGACCGGCGUGUUGACGGCGAAACGUGCCGUCGUUGCGGCGGCCAGACCGCGCUGGACCGCCGUGACCGUCGUCCGUCACAGGUCCGGCGACGACCGGAAAUGCAGCACCACGUCCGGAUCGACGUACCGUCUGCCGGAACCGAAACGGCGGUCCUACGUGCGUCCCGGUUGCUGCCGUAGAGCCACCGAAUUUCCUGCCGUCGCCGCCGCCGGUUAUUGUACGCGCGCCGGAAAGAAGACAGUGCCGUUCGUGUUGGCCGACAUCGGCGAGGGCAUCAGCGAGGUGACCAUCAAAGAGUGGUACGUGAACGUGGGCGAUGUGGUCGCGGAAUUUGACGACGUGUGUGAGGUGGAGAGUGACAAGGCGACCGUGACCAUAACCAGCCGGUACGCGGGCGCCGUGACCAAGGUACACUACGAGGUGGGCGAUACGGCCCGGGUGGGCAGCGCCCUGGUGGACAUUGAAACGAACGAGGACGGCAAUACGGUCGCCGAGCCAGAAGUGGUGGCGAGUGCGGAAGGAGUCGUUACCGGGUCGCCUGGCGAACCCGCGGGUUUGGACACCUCCGAUGCAGGCGCAACGGCGAAGGUGCUAACCACGCCUGCGGUGCGCAGGAUCGCCGCUGAAAAAGGCAUUGAUCUGACGGCGGUCCACGGUACCGGCAAACACGGUCGGGUGCUCAAGGAGGACAUAUGCGGAAUCGUCGACCAAUCUCCACCGUCCAAAUCCACCCCCGACGCCCCAGCGGCGGUUAGCAGUCGGCAACCUGCACCGGAGACGGACGACUUCGUGAUGCUGACCGGUUACAGCAAGACCAUGCGGAACACGAUGGAGGCGUCCAACAAGAUACCGACGAUGGUCGUCACGGACGAGGUGAACCUGACCCGGUUGAUCGAACUGAAGGAGCAGCUGGCGCCGCACGUCAAGCUGACGCUGAUGCCGUUCCUGGUAAAGGCCACAUCGCUGGCGCUUGCCCUGCACCCGCGCCUCAACAGCACUGCCAGCUCGGAUUUCAAGUCGUACAGACUCAACAGAUCGCACAACAUCGGCGUGGCUAUCGAUACGCCGCUCGGAUUGGCCGUGCCCAACAUCAAAGACGUGCAGACGCUCAGCGUGAUCGCUGUGGCACGCCGAAUAGCCGAGCUCCGCGUCAAAGCCACGAACGGCAAGCUGUCACCGGCCGACGUGACGGGCGGCACGUUCUCGCUGUCCAACAUGGGCACGAUCGUGGGCUCCGCGUUCCAGCCGAUGAUCCUGCCGCCCGAGUCGGCCAUCGGCGCCCUGGGCCGGGUAAACUACCGGGCGCGGUACGACGACCAAGAGCGACUGGUCCGGACGCCCGUCAUGGGUGUUUCCUUUGCGGCGGACCACCGGAUCCUGGACGGGGCUACGGUGGCCAGGUUUUUCAAGGACUGGAAGACGUACGUGGAGAAUCCGUCACUAGUGUUGGCCGACGUCCCGCUCAAUGUGUCCAAAACGUGAUCAUUUCGGCUCCAGCUAUACUCUUUUAUAAAUAAUAUUAUGAUACAAUAAUAAUUAAAAUAAUAAUUUUUUUUUUGAGUUUUUAUAAAUAAAAAUCAGAUUUUUCAUGUACCAAACGUUUUUAAAUCUACGUGUAAA